AUAAACUAGUGACUAGACAAUAUGAAAAACUCCCCGGAGGUAAACCAGCAAUAAAAAGUUCCCCUUAUGAAGUAAUUACUCGAAUAGGCGAGGCACUAACUGGCUUACAGAUUAACUAAGUUAUUGAAGCUGUUUUUUUUUUUGCAUCACCUACAAUUAUGAAUGUGAAUAUGUAGUUUUAUGAAGUGUGUUAUGAAUGUGUAGUUUUCAUUAGAUAUUUAAGAAAAUGUGACAACUGAGAAAGUAGCUCCACUUCAGACGCUGUUGCUGGCAGAUAUUGUACCGAUCCGUACCUGUGCCAGGUCGUGCCACCCAGAUCACCAAUUCAUUGCGUGAGGGGGUGAAGAGGGCGUACCAGCCAGUGCCACUCCCCAAGUUUCGGGAAAAUGACGCACGAAAGACACGAGCAUCUUUUGACUUCCAUUUCGGGUUCAGAAGCACGCAUUUGAAUUGGGAGCCCGCGGGGGCACAGAGGACAGAGGCAAGUCGAAGAACGGAGGUUGUUUAGUGUGGUAUAGUUUGUCAACUGCAUCGACUGUGUAACAUGGCGGAUAUGAAGCAAGAUCUGAAAACUGUGGAAGAUCAGCAAAAUUACACUCCUAGCAAUAACAGUGAUCCCAAAAACAUGCAAGAAUUAACCCAGUAUGUCCAAACUCUUUUACAAGGAAUGCAAGACAACUUCCAGACAAUCGUUUCAAGUGGUAUUUACUGGAUCAGUGAUAAGAUAAGAGUCAAAUAUGAUUUUUUUUUUGUUGGUAUUAGGAAUUUAGUAGGAUUAUUCAAACUAGACCGAAAUGAAAUGGGCAAUCGUAUUGAUGAUUUGGAAAAGAACAUUGCAGAUUUGAUGACACAAGCAGGAGUAGAAGGGCCAGAAAAGUGAACUGAUUUAUACAAGUGGCUUUAAUAACUUUCAUUUUUUAUGUAUUAUGUGUAUGUAACCUUGUAUCUUGUAAGUAGUAUCAUGUAAGAUUGCAAAAUAAUUAAUAUGAAUGAAUUGGUUCUUAUAAUGCAAGAAGAAAUGGAUUGAUAGAUGCAUUCCUUUUGACAGAUUUUAGAAGUGUUAGGAAAAAUAUGUAUUCCUGCAUGUAAGAUGAUUUAAGCAAUAAUAACUUAUUCUAAAUUUAAUUUGAAUUUUUUUGUGUCUAACGUCAACUGAAAAUACUUUUUACAUCCCCAGAGAAAAAAGGUAUACGUUUUUUCAUAGUAUUAUUACAUAACAAUCAACUAACCUACAGCACCAUACUGAUUUUCAAAAAGAAAAGUAAUGUUUAUUUUAACAAAUUAUUGAUGUAUAUUGAAUUACUUUACAUUUGUAUUGUAUAAUUUUUUUAAAAAGACCUAAUAUAUUUGUAACAAAUAAUGUUCUUCAGCUUCUAGGUCAAUGACACCCAUCUCGGUCAGGUUUUUUGUCCAAUUACCAUGAUCCAUUGAGCAAAUGAUGAUGGCCUCUUGUUUUGCUUCUAGACGUAAAUGUAGCUUCACUAUGCACACAUUUUGUUGAACUCUCCUUUUGCUUGUAAUGGGUAGGAGUAGAGGUAAGGGCGAGUUACUAUUUUGUUAGCAAUGCAGAAAAAUCAUAUCUGCAGUUCGUUUAGCGAUGCAAAUUAAUUUUUCUGCAACUCAGGAUCGCAAAAGGUCUGUUUUCUUUUCAAAUAUUGCCAACUUCACACUUUUUUAAAAUUUAUUUAUUUUAAACUUUUACUCAUCUUUCAAAUAUUUAUGGUUAAAAUGAUGGGAAGGGAUUCUGGAACUCAAGAAAACAUGCACAAUGAUCUUCUCCCCCAUAUGUCACCUACAUUUUUGACUGUUUUUUUUGGCUAAAUAAAUCUAAAUCUAAACUGGUCAUUUAAGAAGAUUUAUUGAAUAUUACUGAACACAUUGAUUAGGUGAAAGCCCAGAAUGUACAAGGGGGAUGCAAAAUAGCUAGGCAUGAAAAUUCAACUGGCUCAAAUGUUUUUGGUUUUAUUGAGUGUAUAAUUUUUAAAUCAAGUUAAAGUAA